AUGACUAUCAAGUUGGUCUUGGGGGGGUUUACUUUGAACACCUGCAGUGUGUAUACGCCUCAAGUGGGCCUAGGCGAGGAGGAGAAGAAGAAUUUUUGGGAGGUCUUGGAUGAGGUGGUUAGAGGCGUGCCUAGUUCGGAGAAGAUUUUUAUAGAAGGGGAUUUCAAUAGGCAUAUUGGGUAUUUGCUGUUAGGGUACGAUGAUGUGCAUGGGGGCUUUGGGUUCGGGUUUAGAAAUGAUGAGGGAGAUGCUCUUUUGGAUUUUGCAAGGGCCUUUAGGUUGGUGGUUGUGAAUUCCAGCUUUUCGAAGAAGGAAGAGCACUUGGUUACUUUUCGGGAUAAGGUAGCCAAGACUCAAAUUGACUUCUUGCUACUUAGGAAGGGGGGUAGAUCUUUGUGUAGGGAUUAUAAGGUAAUUUCGAGCGAGAAUCUUGCUACCCAGCACAGACUUCUAGUGAUGGACCUGGUUAUCAAGAAGGGCAAGAUGAAGUGGGGUGGGAAGGGUCGAUCUAGAGUUAGGUGGGGCAAUUUGUCUUCGGUUAGUGCUAUAGAGAUAGAGGCAAAAUUGAAGGGGAUGAGGGUGUGGGAGCAUAGGGAGGACUAG